AUGCCGGGAAAGGGCUCUCGGAGGCUUCACGCCCCUUCCUCAGCUCCUCUCCCCACUCAGCAAACAGCACAAGUGGCACUUUGGCAGCUGGGGUGGCCCCCACCCUGCCCCCCCAGGAGACCUAUAAAUCCCCAGGCUCUGUCUGGCAAAGGGACAGGAGCCCCAGAGCGAGGGAGCAAUGGACGGCAGCUCCAAAGAGCCGCUGCUGGAGGAGGCGCCUCCGAGCUACACGGCCUCCCACCGCCUGCCCUGCAUCCCCCACCAGCUCAAGUGCCUCCUGAUCGUGGUGGUGGUGGUGGUGGUCCUGGUGGUGGUCAUCGUCGCCUUCCUCCUCCUGGGGCUGCACAUCACCGAGACGCACGCUGAAACGGUCUUGCGGAUGACCAUCCAUGGUCGGGACGGCGAUGGGACCCCCCAGCAGCUCUCCAUGAGCAAGAAGGAGAGGACAGGGACAUUCGCUGUGCGGGAUGGGCUCAACACCUCUGCCAUGGUGGUGUACGACUAUGGAAAGCUGCUGGUGGGCUACAGGUCCUGGCGUCACCACGUCUGCUAUGUCACCCGCAUGGACAAGGACAACAUCCCGGGGUUGGACGCUGUCACCGAGACCUUCCAGCGUCGGCAGGCUGAGAUGAAGGAGGUUGGGGACAAUGACAUCCCGUUGGCCGACCGCUCCCUCCUGGGCACCACCGUCAACAUCCUCUGCAGCACCGUGCCGGUGUUCUGGGCAUAGCACCAGCUGGGGGGACGGGACAGGGGGGUGGGGAUGGCACUGUCCUCACGGGACAUGGAGGUGGGGAUGUCACUGUCCCCACGCUCCUGGUGUUGCCGGGCAUCUCUCCUCCACGGCUCAUCAGCCACAGCCGCUCAGCACCGCGGUUUUCCCACGGCACUUGCAAUAAAAACCUGGGAUUUGCUUCGGGAUUCACGCCUCUGUCUGCAGAAUAAAACUUGUGCCCCCACCUCCGAGUGCUGCACUUGUCCUUCCCUCCCAGUGCUGCUUUUGUCCUUCCCCUCAUGUUGGCCAAAUGGGGUGCCAGGGGGAGGUGACACGGCACCCCAGGGAUGUCCCCCGGGGACAGAUGUGUCCCUUGUGUUGGUGUGCUCAGGACAAGCCCCAGCUGAGGAGCACCAGCAGCAGCGCACAUUGCACACCAGGCUGUGGGGCUGCACGGCCAGAGUCCCCCCCAUGUCCCCUCCUGCUUUCAGAGGGAGGAUGAGAUGUCAGGGGGACCCUCUGCACCCCAGUGCACCCAGUCAGGGUCUGGGCCACCCCUCUAGGACAUGUCCCCAUCCUUGUCCUC